GCCAAACAUCAAACACCAAACAUGUGAAGUCGAUAAUUUGUUCAUGCAUUACUACCUUAUUACAUUAACGCCCUGAUACCUCCUCCCAUCUGAUAUCGUAGCGCCACGUUCUUUACCUUGGCGCAGUGAGGUUUUCCUUUUCGAGGCUAACUUAUGAUCGAGCAAUACCUAGGUAGGUAUUGCCUUGGAAAAGCUUAUUUUCGGACAAACGAAUAUCAUUAUGAUCCUCUCCUCGAGCAUGACGAUUGGAGGCUGGCUGCAAUGAUAUGCCUUAUACGAUUCGACGGUUCAAACUACACCAGUACCCAACUAGGUAGGUAGCUAGAUAUGGGUUGCAUCAGUUUUCUGCAAGGUUUUGCUUGAUGCAGAUAGAAAAGAAGUUGAAGCAAGCUUAUUGAGUGGUUUACCUCAAAAUAGAAUCGGGGCGGAGUAUCUGACGAAUCAUACUCCGUUGUUUAAUAUGACUCCUUACGAGUACCUACUUACCCAGGAGAGGCUUUUAACCUUCAACUUCAUUCAUACAUGAACGGUUCUCCACCUCAAAACUAAGACGUACAUGAACACCUACUUAACAACCCAGUUCGCUCUUUUCAUACCAUUGAGUUUGGUCAGGAAAGGAUAUAGAUCAUUUUCAGAGGUCAAUUACUUUUUCAACAUUUACAGCUCUGUUGUGCCACCAUAGACCGAAUAUACUAGGUACCUCGGAAGUGAGCAAGUUGACAUCAAGAAACGCGAGGAUCAUAACACACACUGUAAGGACUAAGCAUCCAUUAUGGGUCUCUUUGGUAGAUCAAACAAGAAGAAAUCACGGCCAUCUCCACCUCAAUAUGGAUAUGAAUCCUCCAUUGAAUUACCAAGACAGCCAAAUUCUACGACAAGGCCAAAUUUGUAUUAUGUUGAAGAACGUCCUCGUAUAUCAAAUGGAUACAAUCAAGGUCAACCAACACCACAAGGUUGGAUAGUUGCUCAAAUAGAACCAGCACCACCGAGAUAUCAGCCACAUACUACAGUGGCGCCGCCUCCAUUACCACCAAGAGCACAACGAAAUGGUGUUGCGAUGAUGAAUUUUCGAUCGGUUACGAAUUUACUGACAGAGACAUCAAGGAAUGAUCUACCAUGCAUGACUGCCAUUAAUAAUGGAGUCGCAAUUAUGUCACAACAAACCAUGCAUCAUUAUCAUCAAACGUCAGCUCUUUACGAUACUUUAUCUUUGAAGUUAUGCUCGGUUGUCACAUCAAUUGAUGAGGAAAGAUUCAGUGGGGAUGAUAGAGAACUUACCGUACCUCAGCAUUACGAUCCGGCCUUGCAAGAGGAGAAGUCAUUGGAGACGACAAAUCGAGAUUUAAUGCUACGGAGUAAAAAGUCAAAAGUCAAUGUGAAGGAUGGAAAGUCAGCUGAAACGACAUACACAAAUUACUUCUCAAAGGUUCAUGAUUAUGCAAAUUCAAGGUUACCAAUGGAUCUCAAGCCUAUGAGAUUGUAUGUUCUCCAAGCUUUAUAGUUUAGAGUUUGAGCUAAUAUAUAUAAGGUACUUUAAUACAUACCCUCUCAUAUGCCUUGCAGCUCAAUAUUCUGAACAAGUCUAUUCAAAACCAACUGGACAAGAAAAAGAAACGAGAGUUAAUGCAGGAGGAAGGGCAGGAACCGUUAUGAAAAGUGUGCCAAUUGAUGAUAAGGAUGUAAUUGUGUUUGCAAUUCGAGGAACAACACAUUCAUUUACGGAUUGGGCUGUAAAUGUUAAGACGAAACCCGCUUCACCACAAGGCUUCUUGGUGAGAUCAUUCAUUUAUCAUGUAUCUGCUCAGUGACUAAUCAAUUUUCAGGACGACCCAGGAAAUUUAUGUCAUUCUGGAUUUUUGGGUGCUGCAAAAGACUGGAUUAAACCAAUCGCAGCUCGACUUCGAAAUCUUCUUCAAGAAAAUCCCAAACGUACACAAUGUUCUUUACUUAUUACCGGGCAUUCUGCUGGUGGAGCUAUCGCUGCUCUAUUAUACUCACACAUGCUUUCCACAAGUCGCGAAGCCAAAUCAGAGCUCAAUGUCCUCGCAGGAUAUUUCAAACGAAUUCAUUGUGUCACAUUUGGAGCUCCACCAAUAUCACUUUUACCAUUACAAAAACCUAAGACUGCUUCCAAAUCUAUCUUCAUGUCUUUCGUCAACGAGGGUGAUCUUGUCGCCAGAGCAGAUUUCGCUUACGUUAAAUCUCUCCUUGAUUUAUAUUCUACGCCCGCACCAGGAAAAUCAGUCUUACCACCUUCAAAAUUAGGAAUUAAGAGCACAAAAUCCACAAAUGCAUUUUUUACCCCGAAGAAUAAGAAGAAGAAGAAGCAUUCAAAGACCGAUCCGAAUAUUUCUCUAAUAGGACCAAUUUGGCAUGUUCCAGAAGCUACUUUGAGUAAUGCGGGAAGUAUCAUUCUUCUACGAGGUGUAGAUCGAGAUGGUAAUCCGGAGGGAAGUAAGAAGAUUCAGGAUAGAUUGGAUGAUGGGGUUAUUGCGCAGAUUAUCUCGGAUGAAUUGUUGAGGGGGGUUGUGUGGGGUGAUCCCGUUAGUCAUAUGAUGAGGCUUUAUGCUAGGAGGAUUGAGGUUUUGGCUACUAAUGCUGUUAUGGGACGGGUGUGAGUUGGCGGGUUUUGAGAGGAGGUGUUUGGGAUGAGAUGAGGUGGAAUGGGAUGGACUGGGUUGGGUUGAGUUGGUUCAGGCGUAGAUGGUUUUAUACCCCUUUUUGUUUACUCUGUAGAUAGAUUACAGAUGCUCGGUUUUUACUACGAUGAGUUUGAAAUAUAC